CCGGGGAUGGAUGAAUUUGUACUUCUUUGUAAAUAAAGAGUCUCUAGGUUCUGAUGGAUCAUUCUUGGAGGAGAAUUUACACAAAGAGAGGAAGACUAUCCCACUGGUUCCCGGUCUGCAUUCUGAGGAGAGAAACGCCAAGAUUCUUUCGUUCCCUGUCGAGGAUCGAACUUAUGUGAAUCUGGUAUCAGACUUUCAAGACAAUAACAAGAGCUUUUACGAAGUCAGUGUUAGUGGACUUGGAAAACUUGUGUGUCAAUUCUUACUGCAAUGUUGCUGAAGUUCUUAAAAGAAUAAGGACAUGUCUUAGCACUGAGGAACUGACUGAUUUCAGUAACACCAUAUUUGGUUGGAUGUUAAAAAUUGAAGAUAUGUUUUGGAAUAGUGGACAACUACUGUUAGGAUUUGUUGGAAACUAUGUCACUGAAGUUAAUGGAAAUGCAGAUGACAGUGUCAUCAGAUUUCAUAUUCAAAACAGUGUAAUCAGUUUUCAAAAGGCUGAUAUGGCAACAAUGUGUGGUUUAAAAUUUGGGAGUCUGAAGCCAAAUAUUUCAGAGGAGCCUGAGGGAGAUAUAUGGAGAAGAUAUUUUGAGAACAAGGCUACAGUGUCCCGUGCAGAUAUCCAAAAUGCAUUGAAGAGUUAUGAGAGCACUGAUGAAGGAAGAAUGACAAAGGAUGGAGUGAAGCUGGCUCUACUACACAUAUUGUCCCAUUGUUUGUUUGGGAAUCAAACUGCCAGGCCUAUGAAAGUAUACUACAUAAACCUGGUAAACGAUUUGGAUGCAUUCAAUGCUUACCCAUGGGGAGAUGAUGUUUGGAACGAGUUGGUUGACAAAAUAAAACAAAGUUGUGAGGCAUUAGAUAAAGGCAAAUGGGACAGAGUUACAUUCCCUGGGUACAUGGUGGCUUUACAAUGGUGGGCAUUUGAGACAUUCCCAGGACUUGCAAAAGCUGGUUUGUGCAAGCUAAUAAAGGGCAGAGAAAACAUCUUACCAAGGACACUGAAGUGGGAAUUCAAGAAAAAACCUACACUGGAGGUGCUUUCCCAAAUAAUAUUCAAGAAUGACAAGUUUGAGUGGACACAGAUCGUACCAACAGAAGAAGAGAUUGCCAUGAUUGGAGGAAACAAUGACAGAGGUGGCCAUGGAAUGGACAUUGUUAUUCCAAAUGUGGGGAGGCUAGAUGCUGAAAAGAUGAAAGCUAUUGCAGAAAAAGGCAAAAAAAGGCAAUACAGACCAGAAGCAUGAAAAGGAAAACAAGAAAAGUAGUGAAGGGAAAAGGUAAAUCUGGCGAGGGAACUUCUAAAAGAAGAAAGACGAUUGAGAUGGAAUUCGAAAGUGAUGAGGAAACAAAGAGUGAUGAAGGCACUGAGAGUGAGGAUGAAGAAGAUGAUUCAAGUGAUAGUGGAAGAAAAGCAGAGAAAUAUAUUAUGUUCAUGAGCAAACAUAGUAACAUUAUGCAAAAAAGCAUGAGGAAACAAGCUAAGGAGACUGCCAGACUAGUGGCAGAAAUGAAAAACAUUAAGCAAACUCAGAAAUAGCAGGAAGAUCUUUUAAAAGAAGUUCUACUUAUUGUCAAACAGAUGUCACAAGGCAGUGAUAAAGGUGAAGAUGAGGACACAAGAGAAAUAACAGAGAAAGUUGAAAAGAAUGAAAGUCCAGAAAAAGAAGAAAAUGUUAAUGAAAAAGAAGAUGAUGACAUGACUAGGCAAGAUUACGAGAAUGAUGAGGAACCUAGGCUAAAGGAUGAUGAUACUGCUGACAUUCAUGUGCAAGAGGAGACUGAGUACAUUGCUGCACAGACUGAGGAUGAUAUUUUACAUAUUGGGGAUGGUGGUGCAAAAAAUGAGGAUGCUGUUCUAGAUAAAGAUGUUGUAGAGACCGAGCACAAUGAAGAUGUAGUUUGUGACAUGCCUACGUUUAACAUAUUGAGUCAGUCUCAAGAGAUGGACAAAACUGGUGAAUCUUGUUGGGGGAUGGGGUCACAGGACAAUAGUCAAUUUGUCAAAGAGAUUUGCAAAACUGCAGAUGAAGUGGCCAAAAAGGCUUUUGAGAGCUAUUCUUCCAAUCCAUGUACAGCAAUCAUAGUGAAGCCUAAUCAGGAACAAGAGGAUCUUCCCAAACAAAAGCGUUUUGCUAGGUCACCAGUGAAGUACACUCCAUCUGAGCAUUCGCCAAAGAGGAGGAAGAGAGAAAAGGGUAAGAAAAGAGUUGACAAUGAAUUUUUGCCUCCACUGAAGGAAAUAGUUGGACCUUUCACAGAAGAUCCAACAGAGAGCCCACCAGAUCAUGAAAUAGAGAGGGUGAGAGCAUACCUCCAAGUUGGAUUGUUGAAGAAUUUUCAAAAAAACAAAAAUGGCAGAAGGUACAAAGUGGAAGAAGAAAAAAUGGUUCACAAACCGUUCUUGCUAGACACUAUGAAAGUUGAAUAAAAAACAUGGUUAUAUGACAUGUUUACGAAUCAUGAAUGGAUCACUGACAAGCAUGUUGAGGUAGUAAUGUACUAUUUGGGCAUGAAACGGGUGCAUUACAAACUGCCACAAAACUACACCACAACUAGGCCUUUUUUCUUGCAAAUACUGAAGCGGGAGCUUGACACUAUAUCAAAGGGGCACUAUACAUACCACAAGUCAGCACAAGAAGAAAACAUCGUUCGUGACAUAAUAGGUGCGAACAACUAUAGCCUACACUGGAGCAAAGCAGACUUCGUGUACUUCCCUCUGAAUACUGGCAACCAUUGGGUUUUGGUAGUACUAGAUAUCAAGCAAAGAAAGGUAAGAGUGUACAACUCCAAUGCUAGAAGAGGUGAUUCACUAAGGGAUAUCAGGUCCUAUGUUGCAUGCAUAACAGUCCUCCUACCCAAAAUAAUGGAAUAUCACAAAGUGUACGAAAAGAUGGGUGAGGAUCCUAUGGGUGAAAGGUUUUUGGAAGUUGAGCCUGUAGAAGGAUGUCCACAGCAAGAUGAUGGGGGAAAUUGUGGAAUGUUCAUGCUCAAGAUGGCUGAAUUUCUAAUGGUGGGGAUGGACAUGGAUGGCAUAUAUCCUGAAGCAAUACCUUUGUUUAAGGAAAAAAUGGCAACUGAACUGGUCCUAUAUAGCAAGAGGAGGCAGGGUGAGAGAGAAUGAAAUGAAGCUAUAAAGAAAUGGGAUUGUAGGAUGAAACAAUUAUGUUUGUUUUGGAAGACUGUUAUAUUUACUAGUACUUUUAAUAUCAUGUCAGGACAUCUAGACAUCUAGUACAUUCGUUUUGAAAAACUUGGUUAAAGCAAGUUUCAUUGUGUUUUGAAUGUAUGAAAUAUGCUUUAUGACAAUGCAUUGUGACAAUGCAUUUUAUUGAAUUACGUUCAAAAAAUCUGUUUGAUUUUUACAUUAAAGAUGACUUGGUGUUAAUGCAUUACACAGGGUACUUAUAUUUAUGUAAGCACGGAUUUUUACAUGAAGAAAAUCCGUGAUAAAUGACAUUUGGAUGACAUUUUUUAGAAAACAA